AUGGCCACUGCGCUGCUCCGGAGCCGCUCGCAGAACAUCGUGCCCUGCACCGUGUCGCAGCUGCUGGCGGCCGAGCAGGUCGACGAGACCUUCCGGAUCUGCGACGUGGAGAUCUCGCAGGUCACCGUGGUGGGCAUCGUCCGGCACGCGGAGAAGGCGCCCACCAACAUCCUCUACAAAGUGGAUGACAUGACGGCAGCCCCCAUGGAUGUCAGGCAGUGGGUUGAUACCGAUGAGGCAGGAGGUGAGAACGUUGUGAUACCUCCAGGAACUUACGUUAAAGUAGCAGGCCACCUUCGGUCAUUCCAGAAUAAGAAGAGCUUGGUAGCAUUUAAGAUCAUGCCUCUGGAAAAUAUGAAUGAGUUCACCACACACAUACUAGAAAUUGUCAAUGCACAUAUGAUCCUCAGAAAAAAUCUUAUGUCAGCAUCAAGAAUGCCACAGUCGUUUUCCUCCACUGGGAUAAAUGACAUGGGAGGCUAUGGAGGAGGAGGCAGCCUGCCACUGAAUGGGCUCACAGCACACCAGAGCCAGGUGCUGAACUUGAUCAAAAGCUGCCAUGUGCCAGAGGGGAUGAGUCUACAGGACUUGAAGCAGCAGCUCCCCAGUAUGAGUAUGUCAACGAUCAAGCAAGCUGUGGAAUUCCUCAGCAGCGAGGGACACAUCUACUCCACGGUGGAUGAUGAUCACUAUAAGUCAACAGAUGCUGAGUGAAGUUCCUUCCAUCUGAUUUUAGUUCCAAGCAAAUGUUUAUCCAUGUUUCAAGAUACCUUGCUGAGCUCUGUUCCGUAGAGGGAGACCUUUGCUCUUUGUGGGAAGUCCUGGUUACUUGGUGAGUGCUGAUUCCUUGGAAUUCAAGGACGAGCAGAAUGUGUGUGAUUCUGGUAAUUGGACCUGAUUCUAUGCUCUGAAAGCAUAAUCAGACAUUGGAAAACUGAACUCCCCAAAGCUACAGAGCUUUCACUUUGUUUUGGCUCCUUAGACAGUGCGUGUUAGAAAGAAGAACCUCUUUAUGAUGUCCUUUAUUUCUAGAAUUGUUUCUCCUAACUCAGCUUCCAUUCCAUUUUCUUUACAAAGUGGGUAGCCAAGAGUAACCUUCCACUAAGGUACAGCAAUCAUGAGAUGUUUUCAUUGUUUAGUUCAUGUAUCUAAAUCUAUAUUUGUACUAGAGUUGAUCUUCUUCCUAUAGAGCUUUUAAAUUUUUCCAAUAAAAUGGUAACUUGGAGCACCUUGCA